AUGUUGGUAGAAAAUAUGUGGGUAGACAAGGUGAGGGCAGGCAAUAUGUUGGUAGAAAAUGUGUGGGUAGACAAGGUGAGGGCAGGCAAUAUGUUGGUAGAAAAUAUGUGGGUAGACAAGGUGAGGGCAGGCAAUGUGUUGGUAGAAAAUGUGUGGGUAGACAAGGUGAGGGCAGGCAAUGUGUGGGUAGACAAGAUGAGGGCAGGCAAUGUGUGGGUAGAAAAUGUGUGGGUAGACAAGAUGAGGGCAGGCAAUGUGUGGGUAGAAAAUGUGUGGGUAGACAAGGUGAGGGCAGGCAAUAUGUUGGUAGAAAAUAUGUGGGUAGACAAGGUGAGGGCAGGCAAUGUGUGGGUAGAAAAUGUGUGGGUAGACAAGGUGAGGGCAGGCAAUGUGUGGGUAGACAAGAUGAGGGCAGGCAAUGUGUGGGUAGAAAAUGUGUGGGUAUAUAUGUGCGUAGAGUGUGUGGUAGACAACAUUCUGGUAGACAACGUGUCGGUAGAUAAUAUGUUGGUAUCAACGUCCCUAUUGGGUUAUUACCAGACCUACUAA